GCAGCAAUUGAGAAAACGUGUUCUGUUGUGGCAUUUAAGUGUGUUUGGAGAGUACACAAUGAAGAAAUUCAACAACCCUGGAAUUUGAUCUGUGAAAAGCGAGAUGAAUGUGAUUUGGAAUUGUUAAAAGUGAGCGAGGUUUGCUUCUUAUUUUCGGCAAUAAGCACCUCAAAGCUUGACAGCAAAAAGGAAAAAUCAAGAACAUCAGAUGAAAGAAGAGAAACCAACACGUUGAAUGAGGAAUUUGCCAUAAAUCCGUCGCAACUUUCAACGCCUGGAAAGCAAGUUUUCCCAGCAAUUUCGUAUUGGGUCGCUUGCCAGACUCAAAAUGGUUCAGCU